CACACACACCACACACUCACACACUCACCAAACAGGAAGACUAUACCUGUUUGGUAUGAGUCGGCUGAGAACUGUCAGAGUUAUCUAUGAAGAACCAAAGAUUUGAAUGAUACCAGUAUUAGGACCAUUGGCACCCCAGUGAAGAACAAGUUUGGCAGAGACAUACUCUGGAUCACAAAAUUGGAAAGUAAACUUAAUCCCCUCCAGACCAGACCACCAACAAACAGAAACGGAUUCCUGAUUUUACAGAAAUUCAUGGCUGUCCACCUGCCACCUGUGUGAGUGUGGAUUACAAGUCCAAGGACCUGCGAUGAUGCUUUCUAACUGACUCCUACAAGCCUGCCAACAAUGUUCACCCCAAGGAAAAACAGUCUUCCCUCCCCCAGUCUGGAGGGCUCCUUCUUCCCUCUCUCCUCAUCCUCCUCAGUCUCGCUCUCCUUUGCUCUCCCUUCAUCCAUAUCCUCUCCCGGCAGCAGUGAUGGCGGAGGAGGGAUAGAGGCGGAUCUGAUCCUAGCUGCAGAGCUGGGACAGGCUUUACUGGAGAAGAAUGAGGAACUGGCAGCUUCUCUGGAGCAGAGCGCGAAAGAGGUGGAGGCUUUACAGCAGGAGAAGCAUGUUCUUCAAAGGAAGCUGGAGAUGAAUGAACUGACAUCUGGGCAAAGAGAGGCUGAGCUGGCUGCAGAUUUAGCUGCCUUGAGAGCUGAGCUGGAGCGACAUCAUAGCCAGGGGCGUGACCGGCGAAGGGAUGAGAGUGAACAGCUGACUCAGUUAGCCAAUCAUAACCAGCGGUUGGUGGAGCAACUAGCAGAGGCUGUAACACUGGAACACUCCUUGAGGACUGAGCUUCGUUCCCUCAGAGAAGAGAUGGAAGAAUCAUCUUUUAGCCGAAAUAUCAACUUCACACAGUUAGAGAACACACAAGCGGAGAACAGAGUUUUGCUGGAGCGGCUUUCACACAUGGAGGCACAACUAAAAGCUUCUGAAGAGGACAGCGAUAGAUUCCGCACGGAGAGAGAGAGACUGAGAGACAGACAGUCAGAACUCCAGAUGAAACUGAGAGAUAAAGAAUCAGAGAUAGAGCAGGAGCAGGGAGUGGUGUUUGAGUUGCGAACCUUGAAUCGCUCUCUACAGCAGAAAGCUCUGAACCAGGGAGAAGAGAGCAUUCUGGACAGCACACACACACAACCUUUGUCUCUGCUUAGUGAAAUUCAGCAAUCACAGGCUAAAGAGGCUCUUCUAGCUCACUCUACAAUCUUGCAAGUAAGAGAUGAAGAGAUACGGAAGCUCACAGAGGAGCUGCAGUCUCAACGAGACGAGCUGGAGGCUUUGAGGGAGGAAAUAAAGCCAUUUAGAAGCAGUCCUGGGAUGCCAAGCUACAGUUCCUUAGAGAGUGAACUGGCCACUGUGCGUCAGGAGAAAGAAUCACUAACCCAGCAGCUUCUCAACACCAUCAAACACAAGGUGGCGCUGUCGGAAGAGCUGGACGCCUGGCAGGAGGACAUGCGGCUGGUGAUCAAUCAACAGGUGCAGCAAAGGGAGGAGGAGAGAAAGAGGGAAAAACAGCGAGAGAAAGACAGCACAGUAGGACUCCAGAGAAGCAAGUCUUUAAAAGUGAAGGGAGAAGGAAGCAAAGGAUUCUUCUCCUUUUUCAAAGACAAAUGACAGAGUGGAGAAGUGGCAGCGAUUUAAAUGGACAGUAUCUGCCUUUAUCUUUGCCACUGUGCUUGUGCUUCAUCAUGUAUACAUUAUGUAGAUCAUGUACACUGUGACGUGAUACCAGCAGGUGAAAUGUUUACAGACCUCAUAUUUGAAUUGUAUAUAUGUAUGUACAGUAUAUCAGUAAUUAAGACUUUAUAUUAAAACUUUU